AUGACCGCCAACGGCAUUUCUUACAGCUCUCUGGGCGCAACGUCUCAGUCCACCAACAUCUUUCAGCUUGACACUGAGGUAAGGCUGCUCGAGAAGCAGCUGCGUGCUCUUGCUCUUGAGGAAGGCCCCCAGGAUACGUGGAGCAAACAUCAUGUCGAAGUAGAGGAAAGGAUUCGAAUCUUGAAGGAUCAAAGGCGAGAAAAGUUCUUUCGCCACCAUGCACAUCGGCCUCAGAUUGCUACAGAUGCCUUCGAAUCGAGUCAGGAAUCAACUUCUUCAACAGCGAUCUUCAGCUCGCAAGAAUCGCUGCAUCCAGUUCCAUCUCCAGGACAUUUCAUCCCAUUCAACAAUCUUGACCAAGAACACCCAACAAGACUGGACGAAGAGGACACCGAUGGCUAUUCAGGACCAAUUCCAUCCUGCUUGCUAAAACAGAGCGCUCAACAAAUCUCUUGCGAAGACAAGAAAAGGCUGCAGCACAUUUUGGAGGAAAUGUUUGCUCAAGCAAUCCCCAAGAAUGGAAGCGAAGAACGCUGUUGGCUCUACAAAGGUCCAGAAGCGGAAUGUGGUAAAGCCAUGGUCGUUACAUCUUUCAAGUGGAGAGACGAGAAGUAUCCUGGGAGAUCGAUGUGUCUCAGACAGCAAGUCGGAACAUGGUGGAUGAUCGUGAAAAACAUCAUGACGGCAGAGCAACAGUACGGUUACCUCUACGAAAGCUGGCAUCUCUCACACCUUUGCGGCAACUGGCAAUGCAUCAAUCCAGCUCACCACACCAUGGAGCCGGGUCCGAUCAAUUUGGACCGGAGGAUGUGCCACCAUGGUGGUCGACCUCCGUAUGGAUGUGAGCACUUGCCGGGAUGUUUGUUUCACUACAAGGAUGGCAAGCCUAGGGGGAUAAAUACUCGCAAAUUGCCGAAAAGACAACGGAGAUACCACCAGCAGACACUGAGUUUUGAUAAAUCCACCAACCGGAUAAGUACGGAGUCCGCGAAAAUCACGAGCGGAAUGGGCCGUCGUCGCAAGGAUAAGGACAAGGCCUUCGGUAAAGACCGGGCUAGCACAUGGAAGCAACAGAGAAUUCGAUUUGGAAAGUAG